AUGAAAGUCAAGGUCAAUCGGUGGACUGCCAUUGCUGCUUGGAGAUGGGACUUAGGGAAAGAGGAUGGUGGCAAUAUUGACGACGAUUCCGAGGAAGACCUCUGCGGAAUCUGUCGACUCAACUAUGAAAGCUGCUGUCCAGAGUGCAAAAUUCCUGGUGACGAUUGUCCCCUAAUAUGGGGGAAAUGCUCUCAUGUCUUCCAUAUGCAUUGUUUGCUCAAAUGGAUCUCCACUCCUUCCUCAAAGUCACAGUGCCCUAUGGACCGAAGGCCCUGGGAGACUGCACAAGGAUCCGUGAAUCGUACCGCAAAUCCUACAUGA